GUACGAGUAGUAUUUAUUCAGGUACGCCUGCCGGUUAUCUUUCCUAAAUAAAAUAAGCUAGAUGAUGGAGUACACUGGAAUUCCUCCAUAGUCCGCACCUUUGCCUUCAAUCUUACUCGUCUUCUUCCCCUUCUCUUCCUUCCCAUUCCCGCCGGAAUACUAUACAGCGAUCGACAGUCCAACCUUGUUUGUCUUCCUCGCCGUCCCCACCAGACUUAGACCGGCUUUGCUCGUCUUCCUCCCCCAUCCCUUCCAGAAAGUCGUAGAUAUCUCAGACCAGGGAAAGGUUUCAACCUGAACAUACUUGUUCGGUUGAUUACAGACAAGUUAACCACAUGCAAGCUACAACAGAUAUCAUUGCAGGUAUGGUUGCGUACAAAUAUCUUGAUGCUUCGGAAAAACCAUAUACUCCCAAGCAGUUACGGAAUGACAUGGAAUUGCAAUUUAGAAUUUCACUGUCGUAUAAGAAAGCUUGGAAAACGCAAAAACUUGUAAUGGGAAAGCAGUUUGGCUCAGAUCCAACCUCGUACCAACUUUUACCAUCCAUGACCCACAUGCUUGACCAUUCAAAUCAUGGAUCUUCAAUAAGUCUUGUUAGAGGUGUUGAUGACACGUUUCAGUCAUUUUUCUUUUCUCUCACAACGUGGACUGAUGCUUGGCAGUUUUGUAGACCUUUGCUAAUCGUGGAUGGAUCAUUUAUGAAGGCUUACUACAAAGGAACGUUGGUAACAGCUUGUGGGGAUUACCGAUCAUUUGUUGUUAACCUGACAAAGAAGACUCGUUCAUGUGGUGUCUUUCAAUUGGAUGAGUUCAUUUGUGUACAUGGUGUUGCUUCUCUUCGUAUUCGACCAGGCCUCUCUUGUUGUGAUUUCAUUUCUCCUUAUUAUUCUCGUGAUGCAUGACUGUCUACACGGAGUGGUACCAUGCAUACAAUUCCAGAUCCAAAGUCAUGGUCAAUUCCAGAGAGUGUUCUUAGUAUUGCAUGCAAGCCUCUAAAUUGUUUGAAGAGACCUCCUGGCCGUCCAAAGAAAUCCAAAAUUCCUUCCAUCGGAGAGUUUCGUGGAUCAAAACGUCGAAGGUGUUCUCGUUGUCGUGCUCUUGGACACAACAAAAAAACUUGUGGCAAUCCAAUUCCUCGUUAAAACACUUAUACUGUCUAAUAGAGUAGGGAGACGCAUUAUUGAGUUUGUUGGAAAUGCUUCUGUUAUACGUUCUUAAGUAAUAUGUUGUAAUAGAACAUACUUGUAUAUGUUUUAAAUAACAAACUUCAUAUAUUUGUUCAAAAUUAUUUUAUUUUGUUUGUAUAUUGUUUCAAUAAUGUGACUAUUAUUUAACGUCACUCAAAGUACAUGUUAUUGUAUCUUUUUUCAUACUAAUUAAAUACAUACAUUUAUGUAGUUACUACAGUUAU